UAUUUUUCUUCCCUUGAAAUGGCGAGCAGCAAGGCGCUGCUGUGGGUCGCGGCGCUUCUGCUCUUCUUGCUCCUGAUGCUAGUCACGCCCAGGAUUCCACAGGAUCAAGACUACCACGACUUUGCGGAUCAUCGCGCAAUGCUUGGAAUUCCCAACGCUUUGAAUGUUGUGUCGAAUUUCCCAUUCCUCGUCAUUGGCGCCGUGGGAAUGGUGUUGACGCUGCAAGGGCGAAGCUUUCGUUUGAGCCUUGAAGGGGAAGUCCUGGGAUGGACUUGGUUCUUCCUUGGCGUUGCAGCGACCACAUUUGGAUCUUCGUACUACCAUCUCCAUCCUGACGAUUCCCGUCUAGUUUGGGAUCGGCUGCCGAUGACGAUAUCCUUCACUGCUAUCAUGGCCGUGUUCGUCAUCGAGAGAGUAGACGAUCGAACUGGGAAGGCGUCUGUUUUUCCACUUCUUGCCGCUGGAGCCUUGAGCGUCGCUUACUGGAGGUUUGCUGACGAUUUGCGGCCCUAUGCCUUGGUUCAGUUCGUUCCUUGCAUAGCGAUUCCUGUCAUGACACUUACUAUGCCACCACAGUACACGCAUUCCUUAUACUGGUUGUGGGCUGCUGGCUUCUACUUGCUAGCAAAGGUUGCAGAAGCUGCAGACAAUCAGAUCUACCGUUGGACAGGCCAUUUGGUAAGCGGCCACACACUGAAGCAUUUGUUAGCGGCUUUAGUCCCGGUUUUCAUCAUGAUCAUGCUAGCUCGUCGAGAGGAAGCUGUUGACAAGGUGUGCAUAAUGACUAAGCUGAGAAACCACUCACGGGUUAGAAGAUUGUGUGGGAAGGAAGAAGGCAGUGAGCAGGAUCAUACUGAGGCUAAUCUUCUCACUAACUCGGUGCCUUGAGUUGCUGUAUAAUGGGGCCAACCAGGUACGCGUUUUUUGUAUGAUAAUCUCUUCUUACAAACAAAACAAUCGAAUAUUACUCUUGGAGAAGAAAUAUUUCUUGCUUGCGAGCAAAAUCACCAGACCUUCACUCAAGAGAUAUAUAGAAGACUACUUUCAACCGAGAAGUCCAUAUUAGAAAGUGAAGACGACCUUGAGGAUUGUGAGGGACUGAUGAAAUGGAGGGACCUCAAGAGGCACUUGAUAGCUGAAUUAAUUUAAUGCAAGAAGCUAAAUGUAUGGAAGUUCA